UCUGCUCAGUGGCUGGGAUUCGCAGCACACUGACUCUGGAUGUGGCCAGGGUGGCUUUCUCGAGCUGGGAUGAAGGACUUGAGCAGAAACUCAUUGCCAGCUUCUUCCUUGCGUGAGCGCCGACCGAGUCCCAGGUCCCCCAGCUUCCCCCGGGACACUGUGCACGGUGCCUGGUCUUGAACAGCCAUGACGAUGGAGGUGCUCCCCAAGGCCCUGGAGGUAGACGAGAAGUCUCCAGAGUCCAAGGACCUGCUGCCCAGCCAGACAGCCAGCUCCCUGUGCAUCAGCUCCAGAAGUGAGUCUGUCUGGACCACCACCCCCAGGAGCAACUGGGAAAUCUACCGCAAGCCCAUCAUCAUCAUGUCAGUGGGAGCUGCCAUUCUGCUCUUUGGUGUGGCCAUCACCUGUGUGGCCUACAUCUUGGAUGAGAACAAUAAAGUUGUGCCCGCCCUCAAGAUGAUAGGCCCUGCCUUCCUGUCCUUGGGACUCAUGAUGCUGGUGUGUGGGCUGGUGUGGGUGCCCAUCAUCAAAAAGAAGCAGAAGCAAAGGCAGAAGUCCAACUUCUUCCAAAGCCUCAAGUUCUUCCUCCUGAACCGCUGAUGGCAGCCUGACCAGAAGAUCUGCUGACCAGCAUCCAGCCUCCUAACCUUCUCUCUGGGUACCACAAAGCUGAUCCAGGCAAACCCUCCUCUUGGCCCUGAGGGCAGGACAGAGCUCAGGGUCUCACCCUCACACAACCUAACAGUGUUGCUCUCUCGGAUAUUCUCAAUAUUCUCAUCCCUGGCACCUACAUUUAACCACCAUCCAGCCCACUCUCUCUGACAAGGGCAGUGCAUGCUGGGAAAUUCUUUGGGGGUUGACUAUGCUCCUAAGAAGAACUUCAUGUUAUAAUUGUGUGUCUAAGCUGGAUUCUACAUCUGCAUCCUUCUGGAACCGAAGCUGAUCAAGGAGGGAAGGAUGACUUCAGACCCACUGGGUUUGUCAGUCUUGGCUCCCUCCUUGGGUGAGACAUUGACUAGCAUUAUAAGAGACAGGACAAUUCUCAUGUAUUACACAUUCCAAAAUCUGGACAGGGAUGGGGGAUGGGGAAAAAAAAAACACUGUCCAGGGCAGAUCAUUCCUCUGGGCAUUGUUCUAGAAGUUAGCUAGCCAAGGAAGUUCAUUCCCAAAUCCAAAGUAUUGACACCAGGGGCAGGCUAAGCGGUGUCACAGUUUCCCCUCGACCCUCCAGUGCCCUUCUCACAGACUGCCUUCAUCUUGGCUGUUAGUCAAGAACAAAUGCUCCUUGUUCUAACUCCUUCCCCCACCCCACCUCUGUCUCUAUGCAUCACUAGAAUAGAAGGAUGGAAGGGCACAGAUGGUCAUCUCUUCCUCUCAAUCAAGACCUAACCUGAGAUGUCAUGUCCAUGUCCAAAUGUUCCAUGGGUUUCUAGAGACAGAUUCACCAAAGAAGAUCCCAACCUCUGUCAUCCCUGCUCCUCCCACACCAAACAAGCAAGUGUUCAUUGAAUUUCCUUCUCUGGGCCUAGGUUGGGAACAGCCAGACCCAGUCCCUGAUCUCAUCUUAUUUCCAAAAGUGAGAGAGAGAGAGGGACAUGGCCAAGCCAAUUGGCAAUACCACAUGCUGAGUUCCUAGGGUGACUAUGGGAACACAUGGAUCUAACAUAAAUUUACAGGAAGUCAGAGAGAUUUCUGGAGACCAGGCUCAUCCCUCUUGAAGACAAAGGGAAAAUACAUGUUAGGAAAGGACAAGGUAUGUAAGGAGGCAGCAACUACCUUGCAUGUGAAAAAGCUGAGGGAAAGAGACCCCGUGGACUUAGGAUUCUGUGUAGCUCUUGGAUGCUGUCACAUCCUCUCAUCUACUUCCCUCCUGCUUCCCCAAGUGCCUUAUAUCCAGCUUCUCCUUGGUACAUUGCAAACUCCUGGGGUCUAUAGAGACUGGGAGAGGCAUCUCCAGAGGGGCCACCAAGUAGAUACAACCCAAGAGGUAAGUGCCCUCAAAACUUCUUCUUACAGACACUAAGAAGCCUGUAGGUGCCCAUAACAGAUCCCCCAAGCUGUACAAGUCUAGGCCAGAGACCAGGGGAAAGCUCCUGAUAACAGGAUGAAUGACAAGAGAUGCAUUAGUUCCAGUUGACUCCCUUCAUCCCUCAAUCUUCAGGCAUUUGGGAUCACCGUGGCAACCUUCCUCCAACAGGUCUCCAGAUGUCUCAAUCAUUCACAGUACUUCCAUAGGCAGAGUCAGAAUCCGUCUUUGUUUCUGUUGCCUUGUAUUUUUUUCAUGAUGUCACACACACACACACACACACACACACACACACACACACACACACACCAACUCCUUAAAGAGUCAGAGUUUGAGGAGCCUCUGGCCUUUCAAGGCUCACUUAAGAUGGUCAUGUCCUGCCGGGCGGUGGUGGCGCACGCCUUUAAUCCCAGCACUCGGGAGGCAGAGCCAGGUGGAUCUCUGUGAGUUCGAGGCCAGCCUGGUCUACAGCGCGAGAUCUAGGAAAGGCACAAAGCUACACAGAGAAACCCUGUCUCGAAAAACCAAAAAAAAAAAAAAAAAAAAGAUGGUCAUGUCCUUCAUUAAGACUCAUACCAGUGAGCCCAAGGCCUCCAGUACACCCAUCCCCAGCACGCAGGCAGGUCAGGACCAAACCUAGGGUUAUUGCAAUGCUGCCACUAAUGUGAGUGCUAGUGCCUCAGUGAUGGGCUUGUAGAUCACGUUCCUUUCUCCUGUCAUGGGAGGUCAGCCCUGUGAUGAAGCCUCUCCUUCCUUGGUGCUUUCAUGUAAGGGAGCACACAGGUGAGCUCACAGCCCGCUCACUUGGAGUCCAUACCCCCCACACCUCAUUGUCUGGGUACAGUUGUGAGAGGAGGGUCUUUGCAAACAUCACUGUCACGUAUGUCUCAAUGGAAGGGAGUUUGGGGAUAAUCAUGAUGCCAGGAAAGCUUCAAGUUCUAGACAUCUUUUGCAGCCACAUCAGUACCUGCCUCCCAACCCCACCCCUCAAGCUAAGUCUUCAGUAGACAGAAACAAAGAAGAACCUUUGAGAAAAAAAAAUUCCCAAAUAUUGGUUACCUCCUCCUACUGGGCUCCCCACAUGAGUGAGGGCCAGGAAAUGGGCUGAAUCACCCCAAAAGCAGCGCAUCUUGGAGCUUUUUGCCAAAGACCAUUGCCUCGUGAAAGCCUAAGGUGGGGACAGUCUGUGAUGCCACAUUUCUGUAACAAAGCAUCCUUGGCAGUGACUUAGAUCAUCUCAGUGGUCAGAAGACAGGACCAACUUCAACAGCACCAUCUCACCAGAACGUAUUACCUGCUCCUGUAGCUAUUCUGUUUUGGAGAAUUUAAUCUAAUACGAAGCCUAAGGAAAUCAGUGUCAUGUUGAAUUGUAUUCUAUUUAACAGUGUCUGACAUGUUCAUCCUGUUUUACCAGGCAUUUGAAGACUGUACCCACAAACCCCCCUUCCUCUAAAAUGUUCCCCCAUUGCCACAUUUCCUCUCCCAAGGAGGAUGUCAGGGAGAAUAGAGACAGAGUGGGUUUCAUGCAUGGCUCCUAAGGUAACUCUGAGGUGAUGGUGGUGCAGAGGGAUCCCACAAGCCCAGUAUUGAGACCCAAAACUUGACCUGAUGACAUUACAUUCUACAAUGAAUUUGUGGUCUAGAUGAGGCAGGCAGAUACCAGGUCCUAGAAAGAUGCUCCAAAUACAAAUCAAAGUAGAAAAUGAUCUACUGGGGGCUUACUUUCAUCUCCCAUCCCAGAAGCCUAUCUGUGCUUAGCCUAUAUGAGGAUAGCUGUUCAUGCCCAAGACUUUCUCCUGAGACUCAGUGGCAGCCUCAGAGAAUCUGCUGGCCUAAGCAGGAGCUGUCACUCUGUAACCAGGUUCCUCAGGUCUCCAGCAAAGGACCAUAUAUCUGAGGGACUAUGCUCAGUUUUCCUGCAACCUGCAGGUACAUACAAGUGGAACCCCAGGCCACCUCACAGUCCAGGUCUUCUAGGUUAAGGGUUCACUAAAGGGUACCCCAGGAUGAGGCCAUCCCCCAUUGUUUGGUGGGUUCCUCUGGAAAAGCCACUAAAGUGACUGCAAAAAAGAAGGAAGAGCCAUUAUCAAUGGUCCUUAUCAAUCAGUCACACGUACUAAGUUGGGAUUGUCUUCAAUAAAUAACAAAAUGCCA